AUGCAUGGGGAAACAUCAACCGCAGCCAACAUGUUCCAAUUGGCUGGCCUAUACGCGGUGCACUGUCUAGUUCCAGCUAUCUUACUCCUCACUACGCCAAAGCACUCUACUCUCCGAUAUCUCUCGGUCCCAUUCUUGCUAUUGACUGCGUAUCAAGGUGUGCUUGUUGCGUGCGCAUUGGGCCCGGGGUACGUGUGGUGCGAAGUAGCCCGCCUCCUCUUAACGGUAGUCUUCCAAGCCCUAGAUGUGCUAUUCAUUCGCCCGCGAGACGGAAGCGACGUGCCAUUGACCCAUGGGCAAAGCUUGAUCGCUCGUCUUUAUGAUGCGACGAAGCUGCUGACACACCCUCGUGGAAUCAACACAGGGCAUCAGACCAAGAAUGUUCCACCACAGCCAGCAUACUAUGCCCGGAGGAACAUGGGCAGCCCUCCGCGGGGUCGUUUCCUGCUUCGACAGAGCGCGAUCGCCAUCUGGCAAUAUCUCGCCCUGGAUCUUUUCUCCACGGUGGCGUUGCAGCAGGCAUUGGCGCAGGACGCCCAUGAGAAACUGCCGCCGGUUGUUCAGUGGAACCUCUCCGUGGAGCAAUGGGUUGAGAGACUGAUUUCGAAUCUGGUGGCGGGCGCUGUGGUUAGUCGCAUGAUCAUUGACCUCCACCACCGGGUCUUUUCAAUCAUCAUGGUGGGGUUGGGCCUUGAAUCUCCAUCUGAAUGUCCUCCCCUCUUCGGUCGCAUAGCAGAUGCUGGCUCGCUGCGUGGAUUCUGGGGGAAAUUCUGGCAUCAGAUGCUACGCCAUCCUCUGUCCUCGGUCAGCGAAUUUCUAGCGCUCGAUGUCCUUGGGCUUCCCCGAGGAUCUUUGCUUGGACGGUACACCGUCGUAUACCUCGUGUUCUUCUUUUCCGCGGGGCUUCAUGUGGUGCUGGACCUGGUGCAAGGCAUCCCGCUGCCAGAAUCCGGUGCGUUAUUAUUAUUCACCCUGGCCCCACUGGGCCUGAUGAUUGAAGACGGGGUCAAAGCUGCAUGGAAAAGGUCUCGUUCACCGGCAGGUCAACCCUUGUUCGCAUGGACCAAAGGACUCGGACUGCUCUGGUCCAUGGCAUGGCUGGGCAUCACAUCCACUUGGUUCUUUUACCCGCAAAUGUUGCGCCCGCAAAACCAGAAUCUGGUCCCGCUGAGUUUGGCACAGCGCGUCGGGCUCCCCGUCAUUGGAGGCAUCGCUGUCGUCUGGGGCGUUCUGACGGCGCUUGUGUUUGAGGUGGAAGUUUAA